GCCGACCUGCAGGCUGGGCGCACCGCGGCAUGGGAGCGCAAGGCCAAUUCGGUGGCGGACACCUUUGCAAAGCGGGGGGCCGCCAUGCAUCCCGAUGCCAGCGAAGCCGCCAAGAAUUUGGCAGGUCGUGCCGCCACGCCUCCUGCUCCGUCGCUGUCCGUUCGCAUCCGCUCGAUUUUGUCGCUGCAGGCGGAGGCGCCUGUGGAUAGUGAGCUCGCGCUGCUCGCACAGUUGUUCGCGCGCGAAAUUCACGUGGUUCGCGUCUUCGACGCAGCCGGCGGCCUCGCGCUGGCUGCGCCCAGGCUGCUCUGCUGCACCUCCUGUGGGGCCUUCGCUUGGGGCGCGGCCCGUGACCCUUUGCAGCCGCGCAAGGGUGAAAGGGCUGGGUCGGGUUGCAAGCAGCAGAAGGCGCGAGUAGCCCGUGGUCUGUUCCCUCGCUGGUUGGGCCAGCAUGCGGGGUGGACGCUUGGCGCCUUGGAGACGCCGUCUGCGUCGGACUUGGCCCAGCUGGCCAACGCUGCGCUGCGCAGGAUCCACCCAGCGCCGCUGGCCUCUCUCGCUGUUUUCCCGGGGGUAGCGUGGCAAGCCGAUGCCGUUAGCUCGACCCUGGCGCACUGUGGCCUCGCGCCUUCGAGCCUGGCUCAGUGGGCCGAGGCGGCCUCUUCCUGGCCUGCGAUGGAAGCGGAGGAGUCGGACCACGGUGCUUGA